AUGGCUACUACCACAGAUCCUCUACUGGCGUUCCGUCAGGCAAUCGAGUCGCGGACCGACAUUACAUACACCAAGGACUCCGAACCGACAAGCUCAUUGGCGGCAGCAACUCACAUUGUUCUUUCGCCGACGCUUUCACUACCCAAGAACACACCGACAAGACUGCGAAAACCAGGCUCAACGUCUACUGAUCCCGCCUCCAAACCGCAAGACUUCUUCUCCUUGGAAGCGGUAUACUUAGCAUGGCUGCUGAGAGAGGCAUCCGGUGCUGAGUAUAUGAAGCAAGCGCGAGAGAAUGGACUCGCUGUCGGUUUUGUAAGUGUGACAGAGCGGAAGAACGUGGUGGAUUGGUUAGAGGAAAGGACAGACAAGCUUAGCAACAUCAUCCCACUGGCUUCAGAGUCAACGACACCGCCAGGUACACCGCCGCAGCUCCGGUCGUCGACAUCCCUUCCCUCCACUUCGUUCACAUCCAAGGGUGUUGAUCUCUCAGGGUCUUUGAAGCGGCGAUAUGUUGCAGAUGCCGAAGACAUCGAGGUGGUUAAGAAAAUUAAGCAGAAUGAGAUUGAACUGCAAGACCGGAAUACCGUUCUGCGAGGAAUCAAGCCUAACAACUUCUCAGCUGUCCGCAGCGCGUUCACGGAGAAAUUGAAGAAACUGAAGGAAGCUAGCAAGGGAGGCGUCGCCGCAGCGGCAGCGGCAGUUACACCAGAUCCCAAGAUGCAAGCGCGCAAACAAAGCACGCACCACAAGAACCAGUUUCCCAUUAUCAUGAUAUCAUCCUCUCCCACUGCACUCAUCACCAUGCACAACGUAAAGCGGUUCCUGCAGGAAGCUGUCUUCGAGCCGUCACAAGAGGCACGAGCACGCGCCGCUGCAGAGGGCAAUACGCGUCCAGAAGACCUCAUCAUCAUCUACCGCAAACGCACCACGAUCGAUCCCUCAGGACGUGAGACAGAGACGCAAGCACGGUACUUCGUCGUGGACAGCACGGAGGCGCUCGCGAAGUUCGGCGCGGACGCGUGGGACCGUGUAGUCUGUGUGAUGACUACUGGCCAAGCGUGGCAGUUCAGGCCAUACAAGUGGAGCGAACCCAAGACCCUCUUCCAUCAUGUAAAGGGCAUCUAUGUGUCAUGGACAAACGAUCCGCCCAACCCCAAGAUCAAGGACUGGAAUGUCACCGAACUGAAGAUCGAUCAGCACAGACGUCACGUCGACAAGUCCGUGGUGGCUCAUUUUUGGAAAACAUUGGACUCGUGGACGAUGAUGCAUAAGCCAUGGCUAAUGCAAGGCUGA